CAGCUAAGAGGAACUGCAAACCAAGGACUCCUUUCAACUCUCCCCAGCCCCAGGUCCACGUGGCUUUCUCAGCCUCUUGAAAUAGCAAGUUGGGGACCUGUGAGUGUUUGUGCAUGCUUUUUGUUUGCAUUACACUCUGAAAAGUGUGUAUGUGUAUGUUGGGAGAGCAAAGUAGAGAGAACAAGAGGAGGAGAGAAAGACUGAUUCUGCAGACUGAGCUUCAGCAUCCACUAAUCAGCAGCCUCUGCAGCCAAGUGGUCACUCAGAGUGCACAGCUUGGAGAUGAACUCCCCCUGGAAAGCCCUCCUAGCAGCUCCGCUGCUCCUUCUCCUGUCCCUUCACUCCUGGGCCUCUGCAGUGUCCUAUAUUGACCAGCACAGCACCAGUCACUCCAAUGGCCACACCUGUGUAGGGUGUGUGCUGGUGGUAUCUGUGGUUGAACAGCUGGCUCAAGUCCACAACUCUACGAUCCAGGCCUCAAUGGAGCGACUGUGCAGUUACCUGCCUAAAAAACUGUUCUUGAAAACCACCUGCUACUUAAUGGUUCACAAGUUUGGAUCAGACAUCAUAAAACUGCUUGAGGCAGGUAUGAAUGCUGAUGUGGUGUGUCACACUCUGGAAUUUUGUAAGCAGAACACUGGCCAACCGCUGUGCCACCUCUACCCGCUUCCCAGGGAAUCAUGGAAAUUUACACUAGAGAAGGCAAGACAAAUUGUCAAGAAAUCCUCCACCAUGCAAUAUCCUAGAAGUGGUUCCAAUAUUUGUUCACUCCCGUUUUUGGCCAAGAUCUGUCAGAAAAUUAAAUUAUCUAUAACAAAUUCUGUGCCGUACAAAGAUAUGGACUCAGACAAAUACAGUGUUUUCCCAACGCUGCGGGGCUAUCACUGGAGAGGGAGAGACUGUAACGACAGUGACAAGACAGUAUAUCCUGGCAGAAGGCCAGACAACUGGGACAUACAUCGGGAUUCAAAUUGUAAUGGCAUUUGGGGUAAAGAUCCCAAAGAUGGAAUUCCAUAUGAGAAGAAAUUCUGUGAAGGUUCACAGCCCAGGGGAAUCAUUUUGCUGGGAGACUCAGCUGGGGCUCAUUUUCACAUCCCUCCCGAAUGGCUCGCAGCUUCGCAGAUGUCUUUGUCGUCAGGCCACCAGAGACAGAACGUUCUUCUGUUCUCUUUCCCUGUUCACGAACACAGGCGAGACAGGCUGUUCCCGAGCUCUGAUCGUUCUAACACCCUUCUCAACAAGCUCAAGAAUUCGUUCUUCAGUUUGCCAAUGGCAAUUACCAAUGAGCUUGACUGGCCCCAACGCUCUGGUGUUACUGGAUUUCUGGACGCCACAAGCAGAAUUGAAGAAAAAUCUAUUUACCUUCGUUUACGGAGAAGAAACCACUGUAACCACAGGGACUACCAGAAUAUUUCAAGAAAUGGUGCAUCUUCUCAUGACCUGGAGGAAUUUAUAAAAAGCUUGUCUAGGAACCAACUGUUGGACCAUCCAGCCAUUGUCAUAUAUGCCAUGAUUGGAAAUGAUGUCUGCAAUGGGCAGACUGACCCAGUUCCAAAAAUGACCACUCCUGAGAAGUUGUACUCCAGUGUCAUGCAGACUCUGAAGUAUCUAAAUUCCCACCUGCCCAAUGGCAGCCAUGUCAUUUUAUAUGGCUUGCCAGAUGGCACAUUUCUCUGGGAUAAUUUGCACAACAGAUAUCAUCCUCUCGGCCAGCUAAAUAAAGACGUGACUUACGCACAGCUCUACUCCUUCCUGGGCUGCCUCCAGGUCAGCCCCUGCAGUGGCUGGUUGACUUCCAACAAGACGCUCCGGACUCUCACUUCAGAGAGAGCCGAACAACUCUCCAAUACACUGAAAAAAAUUGCGACCAGUGAGAAAUUUACGAACUUCAAUCUUUUCUACAUGGAUUUUGCCUUCCAAGAAAUCAUAGAGGAGUGGCGGAGGAGAGGUGGACAGCCCUGGCAGCUCAUUGAACCCGUAGAUGGAUUCCACCCCAACGAGGUGGCUUCAUUCCUGCUGGCAGAGAAUUUAUGGAAGAAAGUGCAGCUCCAGUGGCCCCAGGUCCUGGGAAAGGAGAAUCCAUUCAAUUCCCAGAUUGAGCAGGUGUUUGGAGACCAAGGUGGGCACUGAGUGUCUCAGGCAUACACACCUGAGGAUCACAGGGAGGCAGAAACUUGGAUCAACUCAUCAGCAGCGUGUUGAGGGGCCCCUAUGUCACAGGCCCAAAGUACCCUCUGCAGAGCAUCUUUGCAAAAUUCUUUCCUCAAGAGCAGAGCUGAAUACUGUUGUGGUGCCGUGUUCUUCUAGGGUCAGUUCCCCUCCAACUUUUCCUGAAAUAACCCUUAAUAAAGCGGUUUGAGGAUGA